UAUAUAUCACAUUUUUAUUCCUCUCAAUUGUCCUUAAUUUUCUUCCCUCAGUAUUGCUGUGUUGAUGAAUCUUAUGUUUCUUUAAACCCUCGACCCUCUCUCUCCCCCUCUUCCUCUCUAGCUCCGUUGGUGGAUUCCCCAUUAGACCAUUGAUCAACCUUGAUAAUGGAGCAAAUGCAGCUUGUGCCGCAAUGGCUCGAAUCUCUAUUAUCAACAUCGUUCUUCACCGUUUGCCAUAGACACCAAGAUUCAACACGGAACGAAUGCAACAUGUAUUGCCUUGACUGCAAAAACGGCGCGUUUUGCUUCUUCUGCCGAUCGUCGCGACACAUGGAUCAUCCAGUUAUUCAGAUCAGACGGUCGUCGUAUCACGAUGUGGUUAGGGUGUCUGAGAUUCAAAAGGUGUUGGACAUCACUGGAGUUCAAACUUAUGUGAUAAACAGUGCGAGAGUUUUGUUUUUGAACGAAAGACCACAACCCAGAAGCAAUAGCACUGGCAGUAAAUUAGUCUCUCAUGUCUGCGAAAUAUGUGGGAGAGGUCUCUUGGAUCCCCUCCGUUUCUGUUCUUUGGGUUGCAAGUUAGUAGGAAUCAAGAAAAACGUAGGUGGUGCAAGCUUUAUGUUGAGUGAGAAGAAUGUUAACGAGGAAGGAGCGGCCGCGGAGGGGAGAAGAAGAUUGUUGUUGGGAUCAAAAGAAGAAGAAGAAGAAUUGCGUGAAGCAAGGCAGCUGCAAGAGGAGAUAAGGUACUCAAGCACGCCUCCUCCAACUCAUACCAAUUCAAGGAGAAGAAAAGGCAUCCCUCAAAGGGCACCUUUUGGGUCUUAAUAAUGUAUCAUCAUCAUUAAUCUAGUUUUAUUAAGAAUUGAAAAUCCAAAAAAAAAAAAAAAA